AGGCCAGUACCGACCCCGCCCGCCCGCGCGCGCGCGCACCGCCCCCGCCCGCCCGCCAUGGCCCGGGACUACGACCACCUCUUCAAGCUGCUCAUCAUCGGCGACAGCGGUGUGGGCAAGAGCAGCUUACUGCUACGAUUCGCAGACAACACUUUCUCAGGCAGCUACAUCACCACCAUCGGAGUGGAUUUCAAGAUUCGGACCGUGGAGAUCAACGGGGAGAAGGUGAAGCUGCAGAUCUGGGACACGGCAGGGCAGGAGCGCUUCCGCACCAUCACCUCCACGUAUUAUCGGGGGACCCAUGGGGUCAUUGUGGUUUACGAUGUCACUAGUGCCGAAUCCUUUGUCAAUGUCAAGCGGUGGCUUCAUGAAAUCAACCAGAACUGUGACGACGUGUGCCGAAUAUUAGUGGGCAAUAAAAAUGACGACCCUGAGCGGAAGGUGGUGGAGACAGAAGAUGCCUAUAAAUUUGCCGGGCAGAUGGGGAUCCAGCUGUUUGAGACCAGCGCCAAGGAGAACGUCAAUGUGGAGGAGAUGUUCAAUUGCAUCACAGAGCUGGUUCUCCGAGCAAAGAAAGACAACCUGGCCAAGCAGCAGCAGCAGCAACAGAACGACGUGGUGAAGCUCACGAAGAACAGUAAACGAAAGAAACGCUGCUGCUAAUGCGACCGCGAAUGCCCAGCCCACUGCAGAGACUGCGCUGCGGCCUCCCCCAGCCCGAGGCCCCGGAGCGCCUUGGGGGACAGUCUCAGUUUUGUGCCGUUAUUUAAAGAAUUCUCUCCAUGUUUUUGUAUCGGGAGGCGCCACUGGCACUUCCUCCCCCUUCCCCCUUGAGUGCCAAGAAGGUGUUGGACGAGCCCGCCCUUCCCUACUGGUGCCCUCCUCCCUGCUGAGGCGCCUGGACCUGGUGAGGACGCUGCCAGCCGAGCGGACUGAUUAACCAGUUUGUACAUAGUGUAUAUUCCUUUAACCAGCCGCACAUCCUCGUCCUGCUCUGGCUUUUGUCUCCUUACUGCCAACCUGCUGCAACAGACCCUCCCCGGCGGCCCGGCCCGGCCCUCCUCUCCCGUCCCAUCUCACCGCCAGCAGUUCCCGAGGAGCCAGCCAGCCAGCCAGCCUCACGUCUUAGCUGUGUCUUUGGACAGCCGGGCCCCAUGGAGGGGCUCCACGUGGUUCCUUCUGCAGGGUCUGACCCCUCUCCACGGCCUGGGUCUUCCUGUUCUACCCUCCAGCUACUUUGGGAGCUGGCAAGCAUGGUCUUCAGGCAGGCCUUGUCCACUGCUGACCCCAGGCCUUCGGUUCUAGAGGAAGUCAGUCCUGCCUUGUAGACACCUCUGCCCCAAACCCAAGGGAGCCAUAGCUUCUAACUUACCCCAGGAUGUUUCAGUUCCAGCAGAAAGGCAGGGGUAUGUCUAAGCAGAAGGGGAACUUGUCAGGGGAGAGCAGGCUGGAGGAGCAUUAUUUUAACAGAGAAAAUGAAGCCAAAUCAAAUGAAUUAAGUUCCUCGCGAUUUUAUUUCCCUGAGAUUUGAUUGGCAUAGUAGCAAAGGUUGUGACCGUCCUACUUGGGGUCCCGUGUUUUUAGAAAAGAUGUUCUGUUGUCGUGGACUAAGCUCCUGCCCGGUCUUGGGCCUUGCACCCUUGCUCCUGUAGCCUAGGGCCUCCCACUGGAGUUGGAGUGCAGUGGGAGGGAGCUCUGGGUGUGGGAAGUUACCUCUGAGCUGGAAUGGGCCCCCUCGGCUUCCUGACAGAGUGGUUUUAGUAUGAAGGUAGUAUCAAGAAGUGGCAGUGGGGUGGGGGCAGCCUUGUGACCCACCCAUCCCCUGGAGGAAAAGCCGGGGUGAGUCUGCAUUGUCCCCUUCCCAGGACACCUCAUUCCCUUUCCCCUAAGAGGAUCAUGUAACUUGGGAAGAAUUGAUUUGGACACCAUGAUGUGUUUUCAUUAGAUUUCCAGGCACAGCCCUGAUUGGACAAUCACGUCACAGAUCACUGCAGAUUUCCAUGUUAACACUGUGGAUGGGUUUUUAAUCAAUAAAAACUGGGGGUUUCUUGUCA